GGUUUAGGGUUCUUGCUUGAGCGCCAAGUCGAUGCGCUUGCGCAGGCUCAAGAUCUUCCAGAUUCUCUUCCCCAUUGGUGAUGACGCCCAGGAAUCGGUGGAAAGAUUCAUUACGAUCGGUGCGCUGCGCGCCUGUGCUAGCUCCAGGGAUCUCGACGCCGCCAAGCACAUCCAUUUGCAGCAGAUCGACCGCUUGAUGGACGAUCUCCACGCCUCCAACACGCUUGUCAGCGUGUACGCAAAAUGCAAGAGCAUGGCGGACGCGCGAUCGGUGUUUGACGCCAUGGCGAAUCGAAAUGCCGUGUCGUGGAACUCCCUCAUCGCCGGCUAUGUCGACAACGGCAUGGAGCAUCUAGCGCUGGAAUCCUUCUCCUGGAUGCGAUUGUCAGGGUUUGAGCCCGACGGCCGGUCGCUCCUCGCGGCGAUCAAGGCGUGCUCGAGCUUGGCAGCGGCGGUGGAAGAAGAUGCCGGCCGCAAGGAGGUCUGCCCAGAGAUUAUGAAUUUCGCCAGCGCUGUGCAUUCUCAAGCUCGAGCUCGCAGGUUUGAUUCCGAGGACGUCUUCGUGGCGAGCGCCCUGGUGGAUUUCUACGCGAAAUGCGGAAGAAUGGCGCAAGCAAGGCAAGUGUUUGACAAGAUCACCCAUCCCAACGUCGUUUCCUGGACCACUCUCAUCAAUGGUUACGCUGACAGUGGCGAUGGCGAGCUAGCUCUCGAAGCUUUUGGGCGGAUGCUUCUCUCGGGCUGUCAAGCUGAUAGCCGAGCUUUCGUCGCGGUGCUGAUGGCCUGCUCGAUCUUAGCCACGAACGGAAGAGCUCCUGGCAAGCAAAAUGGUGGCAAGAACAUCAAGGAGAAGUGUCUCCAAAGAGGCGUGGCAAUCCAUUCUCUGGUGGAAGAGCGUCACUGUGGCUCGGAUCCUUUCGUCGCCAGCACUCUGGUGGAUAUGUACACGAACUGCGGCAGCUUGGACGACGCUAGAAACGUUUUCGACAAGAUGCCAUCGCACGGGGUGGUCUCCUGGACUGCUCUGGUGAUGGGAUACGCAGAGAAUGGCAGUGGAGAGAUCGCUCUGGAGCUCUUCUCACGCAUGAUCUUCGAAGGCUGCGAUCCAAAUCCUCGGACUUACGUUGCGGCAUUGGUGGCUUGCGGCAGCCUGGCAGCGCUCCAAACUGGGAAGCAGCUCGUCCACGCUCUGGUUUGCAAGGCUGGAGUCGAGAGUGAAGUCUACGUUGCGAAUUCGCUCGUCAACUUCUAUGGCACUUGCGGCAGCAUGGGUGAUGCCGAGCAGGUCUUCGACUCCUUGAAGAACAAGACGGUUUUUACGUGGAGUGCUAUGAUCGAAGGUUACAGUCACCAGGGGGACGCAAGGCACGUCUUUGCGACGUUCUGGAAGAUGAAAGACGAAGGGCAGGGAAUUCUUCCAGGCAAUGCGGCUUCGCCACAGGAUUGAGCCGGGCCUGGAGCACUACCACUGCAUGGUGGACAGCCUGGGACGUGCCAACCUUUUCGAGGAAGCUGUAGCGAUGGUGGAAAGAAUGC